GGAGGGAGAGAGAGUGUUAGGGAGGGAGAAGGCGAGGGAGAGAGCGUGUUAGAGAGGGAGAGGGCGAGACUUGUUUAGUGAUGAAAGCCAAUAGAAAGUCUGCUGGGUGAUAAUAUCCACAUGUGGGAGAUGGAGAGGAGCCAGAACACAGAGACACAGCGAGAGAGAGACCCUAACCACAGGAACUCAGGCUGUCCAUGGGCAUCCAUACAGCUACCUCACCAGGACCCCGAAGAGAGUCACGGACUGACCAGGGUAGAGACCAGCAAACAAACCACCCAAAAAAAGCUCAGCAUAGAAACCAUGACCUGACAGAAGAGCUGAAAAACCUUCAAACUGACCACCAAAACAUAGGAGCCAACCAAUGAGUGACCAACGAAUAGACCACCUCAACCCCUGACCUCUGUCUCUACUGGAAUACUUACCUAACCCUAACGCAGAGACAGACCGGGACACAGAGAGAGAGAGAGAGAGAGAGGACGCUUUGGACACCUGAAACAAGAGGAUGUACAGACAGUUUGUUCUGUCAAUCCUGCUUGCAGGCAUCCUGUGCCUGGUGGGCGGCGACACCCGCAAGACCCGCCUCCAAGGCUCCAUCCCCAACCCUUUCAAAGGGAACGGCAACACCUCUGACAAACGCACCCGUAAACAGGAAAUACUUGCCUCCAGCCAGGAAGCUCUGGUCGUCACAGAGAGGAAGUACCUGAAGAGUGACUGGUGCAAGACCCAGCCGCUGCGUCAGACGGUGAGCGAGGAGGGCUGUCUCAGUCGUACCGUCAUCAACAGGUUCUGCUACGGACAGUGUAACUCCUUCUAUAUCCCACGACACGUUAAGACGGAGCAGGAGUCUUUCCGGUCCUGUGCUUUCUGCCGGCCGCAGCGUUUCACCACGCUGACCGUAGAGCUGGACUGUCCUGACCUCCAGCCGCCCUUCAGGCACCGCAAGAUCCAGAGAGUCAAACAGUGUCGCUGUAUAUCGGUCUCCGUCGGUGACUCUGGGAAGCGGUGAUACUCGUCUCUUUUUUUAUCAUCUUGGACAAUCCCUAGAUACUGUCCAGAUAUUCCGCUCACCUCACAGGAGACAGUUUGUACAAGACUCGAGUACAUGGAGGGUGAGGACAUGCAUUUUUACUGAUGGCACAUAGAAUGAAUACAUAAAAGCUGAAGGGGCCCACUCUCUUUAGAAGUACUGAGCAUGACGGAUGUUUCUAUGGAGCAGCUCUGUGUUGAUCAUACCAAGCACUCUAUAUGAGACAAACGGACAUUUCUACAACCCAGACCGAUUAAACCCAUGACUAUAUACACUCUGUAGUUCAAAGAUGGUGGAUAAAUGAAGAUGUCUUACUCAGGCGGGUUUACCGUUAAAAACGAACAGACUGCUUAAGGAAGUGCCUUUCCAAUAGACAAUGCGAUAGCAGCUGGGUCUAGUCUACUUAUGUCAUUGACUGUAUAUGAACCCAGGGGGAAAAAGCAGAGUGAGACAUCUCACUUCCUCUACCGUCUCUGCAGAAACAGACUUACCUGGACCACAGGUCUCCUCAGCCUGUCGGAGAGGGGGGGUCGUAUUCAAAUGGAAGAAAACUGACUGAAACAAUAAGGGACUUGUCCAAUACAAAAUGCUAAUUUUCAACUACAAAAUGUGUUUCUAAUGUGUGCCCUAAUGGAUAUGACCAUAUUCCAGAGGGACUCUGGUAGAGAGGUUGUUGGAGACUGACUAGGUUAGUAGAAGGUCCUACUGCAGCAACAGCCGACCUGGGGUUUCACAGAGGGUAGGUGGUUGUUGAAUAGAGACUGACUGCGUUAGUAGUAGACCUACUGCAGCAACAGCCGACCGGGGGUUUCACAGAGGGUAGGUGGUUGUUGAAUAGAGACUGACUGCGUUAGUAGAGGGUCCUACUGCAGCAACAUCCUACCGGGGGUUUCACAGAGGGUAGGAGGUUGUUGAAUAGAGACUGACUGGGUUAGUAGUAGACCUACUGCAGCAACAGCCUACCUGGGGUUUCACAGGCAAUAUAUCAUUCUGUACAAAUAAAUAUCACAUUAUUAUUAGAUUUAGAGAGAUUAUAUCAAUACAAUGUUACAUUACAAUAGCAUUUAUAUUUACAUAAAUGAAUAAAUGAUAUACUAAAUCUGUACCGAAGUUGAAACAAGUUUAUCUUGGUGUUUUCAUUGUGUUUUGUUUAAACUUUGUUGUCAGUAUUGUAAAGUUCAGAUGAAAGUUGCUGCAAACAACAACAACAACUCAGUCUGAAGACUCAUAUUCUUAACCAUCUUCUUUCAGGACACGUUUCUGAUUAGAACGCCGGCCUUCUAAAGAGAAUCAAAAUCGACCAACCACAGAAAGGCUGUUCUCAACAAAAGAGAAUCAAAAUCGACCAACCACAGAAAGGCUGUUCUCAACAAAAGAGAAUCAAAAUCGACCAACCACAGAAAGGCUGAAUUUAUUCAUUUUUAUUGUAGAUAAAUGACAUUGCUGCUCCCAGAAACAAGCAGAGAUCCAGUAACAUACUAACAACAUUUGACAAUAAUAAACCGUUAUCCAACAACUCCAGGAUGAUGAUUUAACUGCG